AGACCUCUCCUGCCGCCCGCCGCUCCCCUCAGCAGUGUACUUCGUCAAUCUGCCUGCUCUGCUCCCCCGCUCUGGCUCUGGUAAAUUCUCUCACCCUCCCGCGCUUCUGGCUGUACCCAGUGCUUGUAUAAAUAAAUAAAUAAAUCUUAAAAAAAAAAAUUUAACAGUGAGGGCAUAUUUGGUAAUCUUUGAAGAAGAGGUACAGCAGAAUAGUGAGACAUGAAAUAGACUGCUUUGACACAACUUUUUUGGUAUGUCUGUGAAGUUGGUAGAUAGUAUUAAUUGUGGUUCAUUAACACCAUCUACCAACCUUCCAUCACUGGACUGACAAGUAGAUCAAAACCUUCUCUCUAAUCCUACGUGAUUGCAGCAUCUAUAUAGAUAUCAGCUUUAUCUCCUGGUCUUGCAGUGAUCUUCUUCCCUAUUUUAUACAUAGCCGUCCACUUCUGUAAUGCUAGUUAUCCGAUGAAAUUUCUGCUUCUACAAAGUUUAUGAUUUAGGCAUCCUGCUUUCUAAACACCAGUUCCUGUAUUUUCUAGCAUACUCGUUUCAGUAUUUCCAUUCCGACUUCCCAUCUGGUCCUCCAGUUCAAUAAUCCAUUUGUUUUCUCUCUAUACUGUAGCCUUUACGUACUUAUUUCCUUCUCGUACAUUGGAAAUUUCAUCAGUUUAAUAAUUUUUUAUCAGUAACAAACUUUUUGUUCCUCUGAUUUUCAUUGUACCCUUUUUCUGAAGCUACCCCAAGAAAACUCCGAUUUGCUUUCUCUUUGCCUAUACCUGGUGAGCAAGGAAAAAAUCUCAAAACAGCACAGAUUGGUAUCACUAUACAUUCAUAAUCAUUAUCUUCUUCACCAUCAGCACUGCUUGAGGAUUUUUUUUAAGAUUUAUUUUUAUUUAUACCAGAACUGGGGUACAGGCAAGUGGCGUGGGAGGGUGAGAGGAUUCACCAGAGACAGAGCGGGGAGCAGAACAGGCAGACUGAUUGAAAUACACUGCUGAGGGGAGCAGCAGGCGGGGACAUGAGAGGUCUGCUCACCAUGCGGGACUCUCCCUGGCCAGCCGGGAAUCGAACCCACGCUGCAGAGGCUGCAGACAGCUCCACAACGCUGCACUCAACCCACUGCGCCACUGGGGAGGCUCGGUUUCCUCCUCGUGAUGGCUUAUACAGCAUUAGCGUGUGCGCUGGUUCUUUAAAAAAGAAAGCUCUCCUUUUGGCCUGUCUCCCACCAGCUGCCAGUCUAGCCCUUUAAGUCAAGCUUCAUGAAAAAGAUGUCUUUGCUUGGUCUCCUCCUCAACUUGUCUCGUGUUCAUUCCUUAGCGACGUCUUCCAAGCCAGGCUGCUUUUCCUCCAGCCAUUCCUAAGCCUCAUGCCAGUAAUUUCAGUGUACAUUUUUAGUCUCCAUCCUGCUUGCCUCUUAAACUUUCAGUCAAAUUUUCCAGUUUCCUUAAGACUCUCUCUUUGGCUUCUGUGCAUCAAAAUCUCUUGGUUUAUCUUUAGCACUCAAAGCAUAACUGAAAGCCGCGGUGGUGUUUCCGCCAUGCGCUGACUGAGUUGGCGGGGAGAGGAUGUGCCGAAGAAAAGGCCAGUUACAAGUUAAUGUGAAUUUAAGCCAGAGUGAUGUUGGCUUCACUAUAUUGGACUGGUAGCGAUUUUAGGAGAUAAUAUCAACAGAAUUUUGUGAUAGAUGGACUGUAAAGGGCGAGGAAGCAGAAAUUACUUGCUCUGAUCAAGGCUUCUGUGAUCAAUGGAAUGCCAUUUAUUAAAAAAAAAAAAACUAGAGAAGGAAUUUGGGGGGUAGGUGGGCAGAGAUUUUCUGGUCACAUUGGUGCGUUUGAGAUUCUGAAUAGAAAUGUGAAGUGGAAAGUUAGAUAUACAAGCCCAGAUCUCAAAAGAACUAAGAUAUUGGGUUGUCGGAAAAGUCAUGAUGUAUUUUUUUUCUGUUUUCAAGCAAAAAUGCGUCAUGUACCGACAACCCAGGAUGUUUGAAUGUUGAUCUGUAACUGGGUAAUUUAAUUGACAAGAAUCAUCUAGGGAAAGAGUACAGAGGGGGAAGAGAAGAAUUCAGACUACACUUUGAUGAAUUCCAGCAUCUGAAUGUAGAUUCAGGUAGGAUGAGUUAGUUAAGAAAGAAGACUGAGGAAUCACUCCAGAGGUAGAAGAAUGUCAUAUCUAGGAAAGCUUAAGAGAAUAAAAUAGGAAGAAGCAUUUUCGUCUUCAUCCAAAGGAGAAGGUGUGGGUCAGGUUGAAGAAAUUAGGCCCAAGAAGGGUUAAGUAUGGCCCAAACUCUGCAGGCCAUAGUGAGCAAUAGAUCUCACUUCUGUCUGCAAAGGUCAUGGCCCUAAAUAGGGAAUCUCUUCCCUGGGCAUGCAGAGCCAUCUUGAACAUCCCUGUUGAGAGCCCCUUGGCCUCUCCUAUCCACCUCUCAUUUAUCUCCCUUAAUGAAAAUUGCCUGUUUACAUGUCCACGUACCCAGUAGUUUAAGUUCUUGUACGGGCUGUGGGUUGAACUAGUCUGAGUAUGAGCAAACAUUUUCUGUAAAGGGCAUAUACUAAAUAUUUUAGGCUUUGUGGGACAGGUGAUCUCUUUUGCAGCCAGUCAAGCUAUUCUUGUAGCAUGAGAACACAUAUAUACAACAUAUUAAAAAUGAGUGUGACUGUGGCUAAUAAAACUAUGGAUACUAAAAUUUAAUAACAUUUUCAUAUAUCACAAAUACUAAUGUGUUUUUACAAAUAACUUAAAAUAAAAACUGUUCUUAGCUUGUGGGCUACAUAGAAAUAGGAAGGGGGGACCAGAUUUGGCCCACAGGCUAUAGUUUACUGAUCCUUUCCCGCUAACUGAGCUUUGUUCUGAACCAUAACAAACUCAGUAAAUUUUUGUUUAAUGAAUUCAGGUUGAGUAAGUUCUGAUUCAAUUUAUUUGUGCUUUUGGGGAUUGAGGAGGUGAUGAAGGUGGGUUUUCGUCUUCAAGCCCUGAAAACAAGAAUUCAUACUUUUCAUUAUAACUUUUUAAAAAGGUUUAAUUUAUUAAAAGUAUAACAUUUUGAAGCAUUACCAAGUGGCCAGAAAAUCUGUAAAACUAAAUAUUUGUAAGGACAGAAUUACAUUGUCUUGGGUUGUCAGAAGGUAAACCUGAGUUUCUGUGAUUCCUAGAUUGCAUAGAAUUUUUAGCAUUAUUAAUACCUGAGGCUUUAAAAAAAAAAAAAAACACCUAUAGUUAGUAAAACAUAGCUUUACAUUGUUGAUAAUUAUAAUUAUUAUUUUUUUGUCCUUAAGUUGUUUGUUUGGUCUUAGCCAUAUAAAGCCAUGCUGGUUCUAUAGGACAUGUAUUCUGCAUUCAUGCAUGUUAAUAGAUUUAGCAUGAGACAUCAUCUAUACACAAGCAAACAGAUUAAUAUAUGAUAGCAAUUUAACAUGAAGGGAAUUAACAGGUGUGAUAUACAUUAUUUAUGAAGGAGAGGCCAGAGGUAGUCAGAGAAUGUUUAUCUUACAAAGUAUUCUAGGUAUAAAUAUCCUGAGGUGUCUGCAUUGCAGAAGUCCACAAAGAAUUAAUUAUAGGAACAGAGAUUGGUAUUUAUUGGUGUUUCUUGAAAUCAGGUACUCUGUACUAAUAGCUGAUAAGUUGGCUAGAGAAAAAGUUAAAAAUAGUGACUUCCAGUGUAUUCCAUGACCACUGAAAAUCAUUCCGCUGAAGUGGCGAUGCUUUUAUAUAUCUUAGAUUUACAGACAAUUGGAAUAAAUGAGUUAUUUUUGCCAUUCCUGGGACUGUUUAGCACCAAAUUUCAAAUGUGCCGAAAUAAAUGAAAGGAGAAAAUAGUUACUGAUGUGUUACUCUGUCUGAAAAAACAUGGCACACUAAGUUAUCCCCAAGGCGACAGUAGAACUUGUGAGUCAUUGUCAGUGGGACGAAAGAAUGCAGAACAGAUGGGGGAAACAAAAUAAGCAUAAGUGGAGGUGAAAUGAGAAGCCUGUGUUUCAGGCUGCAUGUACCAAGUAGUUCAGACGAUUGGCUCGGAUGGAAAAAAUCUUCUGCAAUUACUUCCAAUUCCUAAUUCCUCUGGAAAUCUUAUACCAGUAGUUCAAUCUUCAGUCAUGUCUGAUGCUUUGAAAGGGAAUACAGGAAACUCAGUUCAAGUUACUUUUCAGACUCAGAUUUCCAGCACUUCCACAACUGCAUCAGUUCAAUUGCCCAUUUUUCAGCCACCCAGUUCUUCAAACUAUUUUCUUACAAGAAAAGUAGAUACAGCAGAAAAAGUUAGAGUUACCUCUGUGGGAACUGAAAAUGUUACCUCAUCAGUUUCUAAAGUUCAGAGUCAUGGUGUGAAAAUUGAUGGACUCACCAUGCAAACAUUUGCUGUUUCUCCCACCUCAGCACAAAAUGAUUCAUCUUUUUUUAUAGUAAAUACUCAGAGUCUUCCAGUGACUGUGAAGUCUCCAGUUUUGCCUUCUGGGCAUCAUUUACAGAUUCCAGCCCAUGCUGAAGUGAAAUCUGUACCAGCGUCAUCAUUGCCUCCUUCAGUUCAGCAAAAGAUACUUGCAUCUCCAACCACAAGUACCUCAGGAACAGUUGAGGCCUCCCAAAUACCAACCGUUAUUUACGUAUCUCCUGUAAAUACAGUGAAAAAUGUAGUUACCAAGAACUUUCAAAACAUUUACCCAAAACCUGUUACAGAAAUAGCAAAGCCAGUGAUACUAAAUACCACACAAAUUCCAAAGAAUGUUGCUAAAGAGACACAAUUAAAAGGAAGUCAGCAUUCUCAAACUGCUCCAGUGAAAUGGAUAUUUCAAGAAAAUCUACAGCCUUGCACUCCAUCUAUUGUUCCUGUUAAGUCUUCAAAUAAUGUGGCUUCAAAGAUUUUAAAAACUUUUGUAGAUAGGAAAAGUUUGGGAGAUAACACAGUAAAUAUGCCACCUUUGAGUACCGUCGGUCCUAAUGGGACACAGACCAAAAGUAUACUUAUUAAAGAUAAUGCUUUGGUUAUGUUUAAUGGGAAAGUCUAUCUAUUGGCUAAAAAGGGGACAGAUGCUUUGCCAUCACAAAUUGACCAGCAGACCUCUGUUUCUCCUGAUACUCUACCAAGAAAAGAUACAUCACAGAUAGUGAGUUCAAGUCCAGUCACAGAAAUAUCCAGAAAGGUUGUAAAUAUUGUUUUGGCUAAAAGUAAAUCUUCCCUGAUGGAGACAAACUCACUUCCAGAUACCCAGCUUGCUUCCAUGGCCAAUCUAAGGGAAGAGAAGAAUAAAAAAGUGGAGACACCAUCUCUUUCCACCCCAAACCCACAUAACAUGAACCAACCCAUUAACUUCUUAAAGCAGAGUAAGACUUUAUUAACAAAGCCAGUCUUUCCAGAUGGAUUUAGUACAGGACAGAAUGCCCCCAGAAAAGAAAAUAUGCAGACCAUAGAGAAAAUAAGUUCCUCUGUUGAUGCAACAACUGUUACUUCACAACAGUGUGUUUUCAGAGACCAAGAACCAAAGAUCCAGAAUGAGAUGGCAUCAACAUUAGAAAAAGUUACUCAAGAAAGAAAUGACAAGAAAAAUUCUGAAGGGAGAAAUGAUAAGGCAUUAUGUUUGAAGAAUGAGGCUGAAUUAAAAAAGAUAUUUGGUCUCACUAAAGAUGUGAGAGUGUGCCUUACUCGGAUUCCUGUCAAUUUGGGCUCUGGAGAAGGCUUGGAGUCCUUUAGCAAAUUGAUGAAGUGUGAUGCUUACAAAGCGACAGAGUUUAUUGUAAAGGAGGAAGAGAGAAAAAAGAAUUUUGAUAAGAAAAGAAAAGCGAAAACCUCUAAGAUGUUGGUGGAUCACACAAAGCGGAAAAAAACUGAGAGUGCACAAGACACAGCAGUAAAUGGAGGAACUAGCAUCACCAGUCCCCAACUCGAUAGCAGUGUUUUGCCAACUUCUGAUGUGUCACACCAUAACAUUCUCACAAGCCACGGCAAAAUCAGAGAAGAGAAGAGAACUGAGCUAGAACCCUGUACCCAAGAGGAGGAAGGUGCAUUAAGUUCAAAUGCAACUUUUGAACAAAGUCAUUCCUUUAAUAAAAACUAUACUGAAGAUUUAUUCCCUAUGACACCUCCAGAGUUAGAAGAAACCAUUCGAGAUGAAAAAAUAAGAAGACUUAAGCAGGUGCUGAGAGAGAAAGAAGAAGCUCUUGAAGAAAUGCGUAAGAAGAUGCACCAAAAAUAAUGAAAUGUAGCUGUGCUAGACGCCACUGAAAUAGUUGUGUUUUUUUGUGUACUUUCAUAUUAAGUUAAUUCUAGGUGCAUUCUGAAAAUGUUUUUGAAUAUGAAACUUGCUUUUUCAUUGCUUAAUUUUAACACUUUAUUUAAGGAAUACUAACAAGGUUGAUUUGUGUAUGACUUGAGAAUAGUCUACAUGGGGUAUUGGAACCUCUGUCCAGAUACAUUUUUUUGGAAGGAAAAGUUUUCUAUUUUUCUAUUAGCCAGAAUUCCCCAAGUUUGAAUAUUUGUGCAGAGUUUUUGUUACUGUUUGUAUUUUUAGCUAAAUUGCUCAGGUGUUAUUCCAACAAUAGACGAUUACUGUGUACUGUAAAGGUACACAAUCCAAGGGAGGAUGUGAGCUCUAAACUUAACAUUGCCAAUAGGCUUGUCUAUGUACUCACUUAGUCCCUUUACCCACAAAGGGAUACUUUCUACUUACUAUUGUAAAUUUUCAAAUUUCAUGAAAGAAAAUGUAUUAUAGCAACAUUAUUUAAAUACUCAAACAUUUCUCGAGAAUGAGGGACACUUGUUUUAUAACUUUUACAAAGUAGUUUCAUAUAACCCAAAACAGUUUUUAGAAUUCAGACCAUAUUAUGUAUUGUUUGUUUAAAGUGAUAUGUUGUAGUUCUAAGACAAGUGCUGCUGCCUAUUUUUUUUUUUAACGUACACAUGUGACUUGGAUUGUAUGAACAGCAAAUCUGAACAAUGGCCAUACUUAAUAUUUUUAAAAAAUUGUAUAGCUUUUUAAAAAUAGAGGCAAGCAUAUGUUAUGUGAUUAUCUUCGAUUGGGAGAGUUUGGGAGCGGAGUGGAAACAGGGAUUAAAGGGAAGGUGUAGGAGUUUAUUUAAAAAAAAAAAGAUUAACAAAUCCCUGAAAGUAAGAUUACAAAACUCAAUGUCGGCAGCAAAAUAAAAAACAGUAAAUCAGAAAAUACUGAAAAGGAGGAACAAAGCCUCAACUACAUCCUCCUGCCUCUUUUUGUAGCAGCUUAAUUGAGAUUGUAUAUUAUAAAACUUACCCUUUUAAAAUGUGGUUUUUAUUCACAAAAUUGUUCAGCUAUCAACCUGAUCUAAUUUUAGAAAAUGUUCAUUGUCCCCCCAAAACUCCUACCCAUUAGCAGUCAUUCUCCAUACCCUCCUCACUCCAGCCCUAGGCAAUCACUGAUAUACUUUCUGUCACUGUAGAUUUGCCUGUUGUGGACACUGACGUGCAUAGAAUGAGGCAUUCAAUAUGUUUUCUUUCGACUGAUUUCUUUCAUUUAAUGUUUUAUCUAUGCUGUAGCAUGUAUUAAAACAAUUGUUUUUUAAGUUGUUAAAUAAUAGUCCAUUGUAUGGAUAUACCACGCUUUGUUUAUCCCCUCGUUUGUUUAUGGACAUUUGGAUUGUUAAGGAUGUCAUGUUGCUAUGAUGUAGGAUGUUAUGUUGCUAAUGUUGCUAUGACUGUCUGGAUACAAGUUAUUGUGUGGACAUAAUGUUUUUCAGUUCUCUUGGUUAUAUGUUUAGGGGAGUGAUUGCUGGAUCCUAACUCUUUAACAUUUGAGGAACUGAAGACUAUUCCAGUCAGGUUUUGCUUCCUCGGCUACACUAGAAUGAAUAUUGUCAACACCACAGUGACUUCCAUGUUGCUAGAUCAAUUAUUGGUCUUUUUUAUCGGUGGGAACAUGGUAUUGUGAAUCAUUAUUUCCUUUGAAAAAUGUUUAAAUAUUAUUAAAGAAGCAUUAUGCAUCCAUUGUAGAAAAUUUUAAAUACAGCAAGCUAAAAUACUAAGGCUUCAUAUUCCUAUCAUCCAGAGUUCACCCUUGUUAGCACCUUGUGUAUAUCUUACCUUUCUCUGUGUCCCAUAUAUACUUGCAUAUUUUUAACAAAACAUUUUUAACAAAAUGUGCUCAUACUAACUGUUCUGAAACAUACUUUUAAAAUCAUCAAUCUUGAGUUUUCUUCUUCUGUUAAGUCAAAUUUAGAUAUCCCUGCUUGACCUCAGAAUAUCUUUUACAGCUUGCCUUCCCAAGCCGUGUUAAAUCUAGGACUACACAUUUUAUUGCAUUUUGUAGAAUUCUUUUUAUUUAGCUUCGUUUUUUAAAAUAACUUUGAUUUAUUAAAAGCCGGUCAGUUGUCCUGAUUCUUUUGUCCUUGAUAUACUUUCAUUUCAUUGUUAGAACACAUUUCUACCUCGUUCUCCUCCUUGCACAUUUUUUCUCAACAUUUAUAUACCUUCAAUUUCAGUUCCCGGUUUGUUUCUCUGCUUAUACUAAUUUUCUUGCUGAUACUCAAUUUGAUGACCUUAAAAUACUAUAUAUAUUAACUUGUGGAUUUUUAUCUUUGUUCCCAGACACCUCUCUUGGAUUUCACACUUGUGUAGCCAGCUGCCUAUUUGAUGUCACUAUUAGUUUUCUAAAUAAACAUAUCAGAUCGUCCAAAACUGAAAUCCUGUUCUUGUUCUGAAGUGGCUUCACCUACCAUUUUCCUCAUUUUAGCUGAUGAGAGCUCCGUCCUUCUAAUGUGCUCAAACCAAAAGAAACUUGUAAUCAUAAUUGAUUUCUUCUUUCAAACCCACACCUAAUACAAAUUUUGACUCAGCUUUCAAAAUAUCCCAGAUCUGACCACUUUUCAUAUUAAUCGGAAUGGCUUGUUGGUAGCGUCGUAAGCAGUCUUGAGUCUUCCUUUGUGCCCCUGUAUUCUGCCAGAGUGAUGCUUUUAAACAUGAUUCAAAGCAAGUUCUUUAGUUACCUCCAAUGACUCCUCACUUAACUUGAGUAAAAUCCUCUGUACAGAUAAGUAGAGGUGUUUUUGUCUCCCUAAAUCCUACUAGGCCUAGUACAUUUCUGUUUAGAGUGGCAAAAAAAUUUUUCCUCAAAAUUUAGGUUGAACCGAAAUUUGAAUUAAGCAAGGGCGUAGGAAUGGAAGAACUUUCCGGGCAGAGGAAGCAGUUAAGUUCAAAGGUUACUGGGCAGGAGAGAGCAUGGCAUAUGUGAAGAACUAAAAGACCAUACAACAAUGCAGAGCAAGAGCAUAGUUGUUAACCCUGAAAGGAUAGGUUUACUUGCUGAAGAGUAUAAUUUUGUUGGAUGUCAUUGCUUCAGAUUUAUUAUUCAGGGACAGGAUUUACCCACGUUCCAGCUCUCUGAUCUCCAUUCUCUUGUCAAAAAACUAUUUGCAUCAUUCUAUUUUUGGUAGCAUUCAUUCUAUUUUUUAUUUCCUCUACUGCAAUUUCAGUCCUGCUACUGCUUGUUUGCUCUCCAUUAUUGGUAUGUACUUGGUGGUCCUCUCCACUUUAGGUGGGAUUGAACCCAUUCUCAACUCUAAGGGCAGCGCCUCAUUUGUCUAAAGCACAGGUUCCCAAACAUCCUCAGUUCAGGGUACUUCAGGGUCUAGAAAUUGAUUCAUGGCACUGCUAGGUGAGAAGGAAUAUUUAUGAAGCAGCUAGGUCCGCAUAACCUGAUGAGUUUUAUGUCUUGAUUUAGUUUUCUGUUGCUGCAUAGCACAUUACCACAAACUUGGCGGCUUAAAACAUCUGUAAUCUUUCAGUUAUGUAGGACAGAAGCCCAAGUGGGCUUGGCUGGAUUCUCAAAAUUGAAAUCAAAGUCUUAGCUGGACUAGGUUCUUAUCUGGAUGCUGUGGGCAAGAGUCUGCUUUCAAGUUCAUUCUGACUGACAAGAGUCCAAUUCCUGUGGCUAUAGGUUAGGUUUUCAUUUUCUUUCAGAUGUUGGGGGGGCAGGGCUCAUACUCAGCCCCUGGCAAUUGCUCUUUUGCCAUUUCAUACAUUCCUUCAGACCUGUAUGUUACAUCAAAUUCUUACACUUGACCUCUGCCACCGGUCAUAGAAAAAACUUUUAAAAGGUUCAUAUGGAGGAAGUUUGUUCUUUGUGUGACUGUGAAGUUUAUAACCUACUGGGACAGGUGGGGGUUUGGUGGAGCAGGCGUCCGCCUGAAAUGAAGUGCAAACUGCAGCCUGCGUCCUGCCACAACCCAGGAGUAACAUCAGUAACAGGUGAGAAUGGCCUCUUUAACUCACUGGCCCAUCACGCUUAAGUAGACAAGAACUAUGAAAAGAAGGUGGCAAGUGAAGCAGAUGCUAAUCAAGACAGGAGUUCAGAGAACAAAGACUGGAGACUAAGGAUAUCACCAUCACCCUUUGGGAAGAAGUAUUGCUCCUGGGACUACUACUAAAAGAUACAGAAGGUUACAUGUCUUUCUGGAAAGAUUGCAUAUCAUUUGGUCUUUGAGGGGGGCAUCUUGAUAGAGCUGCUGAUGCAGGUUUAAUCUAUCUGGACACCCUCAACAACCAUAUGUAAAAAGCUAAUAUCUGUUGAACAGGUGAUAUUUACUGGAUGAAACUUAAACACAUCAAAAACUACCCACAGAAACCAUCCAAACAUAGAUUGAGCUUCUCACCAGUAAGAUCCAGAACUCCUUCAUAAUCAGAAUUUUCUCCUUGGCAUGACCAGUAUGACAGAAACAGUGACUGUUGAAAAAACUUGUAGACAGUGUACUGGAGCAGUGGGUAGAUGACCCUCAGCCUUUGGAGAAACAAAUGGACUCCAUGUAUGAACUUGUGCUAGCCCACUCCUCUGACAUGCUAGAAAAUGUUUUCUUCUUUCUGUCAGAUGACAACUAUGUGGCAAUGGAUUGUGCCAGGACCUAGUAGAACUGGAUCCUGAGGUGGAAAGAACAAAGCACAGUGCCUCAGAGAUGGUCUGAGCAGAGUAGCAGGCUUCAUUCAUUACAUUCUAAAACCAGGAGGUGGGGUUCUCCCACUCUGCCCCCCCCCAAUAAUUAGUGAUAGAAACACCAUCACUAAUUUUUGUGUGAUGAAAUAUUUUCAUCUGUUUUCCCCCUCUUGAAUCAGACUUACAAUAUGGGAGAGCAACUUCUAGUCUUCUCAAUAGACUUUGACUGUUAUAAACACUAUUUCUCCCUAUUCUUCCACUCCAGACAUAAAUAAACUGGGUGAACUGAUGAAAUAAACCCUUUUCUCUUAUUUUAAAGUAGGGUUCAUGUGACUAAAUUAGACCCACUUAGGUAAUCUGACAUAUGACGUAAUUGCAAGAGAGGUAUAUUCCAGGUCUUAUCUACACUGAAAGAAAAAGGGUAAGGGUCAUUGUGUGGGAGUUCUUGGAAUUCUGCCUAAGACAUGUUUUAACAUCUUAGUAGUCACUGAAAGUAAUAUACAGAAUUAAAGGGAAAUAUUUUUAUUUCAUUCUUUAAAAAACCUAUUAGAAUGACAUGACUUGGGUACUGCAUAAUUUAGACUCGAACAACUUGAAAUUAACUUAGGCACUGUUACCUUCAAUUCUUAUCCCACAUUAAUUGGAAUGCAGUAUUUGCUUUUUACCUCAGCAAUUAUAAAAAACUAGCUUCGCGAAGAUGUGACAUGUAGCAAGAUCUAAUGUUGAAUCCAUGGACUGUUUGAUCUUGUAGUUUACUAGUUGUCCAACAGAUACCGAGUAUCACUCUCAAAAUUUGAAAAUAUCUCACGCACCUUCAGAAGUUUCUUCUGUGUCUUGGGGAAUGGCAAUCCACAGUUUGGGGACUGCAGAUCUAGACCAUCUAAUGUGCAAUAAUUCCUUUCCAGGUUGUUCUAACU